UAAAAUAUAAAUAUGAAGAAAAAAGGGGGCAGAGGGGUUCACGUCAGCAUAGCGAGAAAAUACAAAGGAAAGUGAAAGGGGAAGGAACGGGAAUGGCACGCUAACAACAAAAGCCCUAAAAUAUUUAUAUCUCGGGAAAAAUGGGUGGAGUUCAUAUUUAAAAUCUUUCUUUCUCUACACUUUAUUCUAGACCCACAUACAUAACUUUCUCUCUAUCAAAUACUCCCCCCCCCGUGCCCCUCUAAUUACAGAAUUUUCACAAAUAUCCCUCUCCCUAUCUUCUUCCCAACAUUUACCCCAAAUAUUAAAACACAAAUUUCCCCAAACAUUUUUUAGGACCAAAAAACAGGCUUUUGUGAAUUGCUAGUUGAAACCCAAUAUGACAACCCCCGUUUAAUGAGACCAUUUCGAAAAGCAACAUAUUACGAAAAAAUAAAAUGCCGGACUUCCGUUGAAGGAGAAGAAGCAACAGACGAAGGACAACAACCUUUUGAAUUUAAUACUAGCAAAGGAAAAGAUUUAUUAUUACAACAAACACCUUCUUCUCCUUCCUCUGUUGAGAGAAGGUUGUUAAUGACUGGGGGAGGAGGAAUAAAAAAUGAAAAUAUUGGAAAAUUAACGACAAUUAAUAAUAAUGAAGAAAAUAAUAACAAAAAAAGUGGUGAAAGAAAUAAUAAAAUAAAAAAUAAUUUAAAAGAAUCAUCAGAGAAAAUGAUAGGCAAGUUUUCUUAAAUUAAUUGAAAAUUAAUUUAUUUCUGCAAAAAUAUACAUAUAAUUUUUGAUUUUUGGUAAAAAUAAGGAGAAAAAGAAAAUUAAUUUUUAAAUGAAAGGCUAGAGGGGGACAUUUGCGGAAAUAAACUAAAAAAAAAGUAGGAAUUUGGGAACAAACAGAAAAAAGCUUAACUAGCAAAUAAACGGAAUAAUGACUCUGUAACAUGAUGUGGGUUAGGGGCCAGGUCCAAAAGAAAGAUCGAGCCGGGCAUCGAAUUUUGGUCCGAAAAAGACUCGGCCGGGCCG